UUUGCAGUAUGCUUCCCCACUUCCUCUAUCCCUCUAGCAAUUUGACUAUGGAGCAAGCUUUGGAUAGUCAAAUAACACUGAACUGCACUGUGCAGCUACCUUUCAGUAACGACUGUGAUCUUGACCUGCGCUGGAUGAAGGAUAAUCAGUUCUUAGACAAUAAAACUCAUUCUUCUUAUACUCAGUGGUUCAGUGACAAUAAAACCAAAAUAUUUAUCUCCAGUUCUUUAGAACUAAACAUGACUGAUGAAAAUUAUGGAAUUUUUGCCUGCUUCAUUAGAAAUAGUACAGCUCUUUUUACACUGAAAAAACCAGAAGAGACUGUUGGGCACUUGGGCGCAGUGCUAGCCACGUUUUUUGCUGCAGCGCUCCUACUAUUGGUCGCUAUAAUGUAUGUGAAGUGCCGAUUGAAUGCACUGCUCUGGUACCGGAAUCAUUAUGGAGAAGUAGAAAUCAAUGAUGGAAAAAUUUAUGAUGCCUAUGUAUCUUACGCUGAUUCAGUGGAUGAUAGAAAAUUUGUGAAUUUCAUAGUGAAGCCACAGCUAGAGAAUCGCUAUGGUUACAAGCUCUUUUUAGAUGAGAAGGACAUUCUGCCCAACUCAGAACCUUCUGCGGAUCUGAUUAUGAAUGUCAGCCGAUGUCGACGUCUCAUUGUGGUUCUUUCUUAUGCAUAUUUAGAACAAGAAUGGUGCAACAAUUUCAGGGAAGGUCUUUGGAGACUGCUGGAACUCUCCCGGAAGCCAAUCUUCAUUGUCUUUGAGAGCCAAUAUCGGGACAUAGCACAUCCAGCCAUUAAUUUGCUAAAGCAGCACAAGAGCAAUGUGACCUUGUUGAUGUGGCAUGCUGGUUCCAUGUAAUCCGGACACCAAUUAUCAAAAAUCUACCCCCUCCUGUUAAGAUUGAUCCUGAUGGUCCAUGUCUUGGAGCAAUGGAAGAGGUACAGCUUGAGGACAGCCAGAAGAAUGAGAUAGACAUUUCUGACCUGGGAUCUCGCAACUAUGAUGCAAGGACAGACUUUUACUGCCUAGUGACGGAAGAUGAUAUAUGAGGCUUGCUAAGAUAUUCCUGUGGAAAUGAUUUUUUUUUUGUAAGCAUGGUAUGCUUUGGACAACAUGCUUAAUUAAUCUCUUUAAUCCAGAAGUCCUACAGAACUCUGACCCGCUCAUUCAACAUGUCUUUUCCUAACUUAAAGGAUAGGAGUAAAAGAAAUGUUCAGAUGACACAAAACAAAAGAGUAGCCAAGACUUCAGGAGACAGAAAUAAAGCAGCUUAGGCUUGGCAUCCUUCUGUUGGGCACAUCAUUAAACAGGGCAAUUGUAUAAAAUGGCCUCUGAACCUCCUACAUGAUUCUAUAAGCAUUGGGGGGAUGCAAGGUUUUUGAGAACAUCUGUACUCAAUAGUGCCAUACAUUCAGAUGAUUAUCGUGUGUCAGAUUGCAAUGCUGGGAUUUAUCUAAGCAACAGGCUUGGCAAAGCUUUUCAGUUACUGCUAACAUCUCCAGGCAGGUGUUGAUAUGUGAGAAGUGAACAUUAAUAGCUAAAUGUUAUUAGGGUAAUUGGAAUUAUAAGGGGAAAUAUCAAUACUAAGGAGAUCUGAGACUCCUUCUUGCUAGAAAAAUGAAAAGAAUGGCAGGUUUCUAUAUGAAAAAACUUUUUUUUGGAAGAAAAUAACAAAGCAAAUUACAGUUGUUGAUCAAGUAACAGCCAAGGUAUGGUACUAAGUCCCAGUUUGUUUUAAAAAAAAAAACACUACUGAAUGACAGAGAGGAGCAUUCUGCAAUAUUGUUCAAGCAGCACAUACCUGAACUCUAUUAAGUUAAAAUGUGUCCAUAACAUUCUUGAAAGUUGCAUACUUUUUGGUACAAUACUACAUUUGGUUUUUGACCAAGAGCAUGAUUUCUUGAUUGCAUGCAAUCAAUACCUGCAUGUUUUUUAAUUCAUUCUGAGGACUUUCAUGUAGUAUACAACGGAUUACAUAAACAAACACUUAGCAUUAGUUGCUGCAACAAAAGCAGUCCAAAAGUUGGUACUGUUUUACAAUAAAGCAAAUUGUUAAAUAUAUUAAUAAAUUAUAAUAAAAUAUAAAGUAUUUUAAUAUAUUGCUUUAAAAUAAAAAUCCAGAAAAGAAUUAUUUAAAUAUGUGAGACAAGAAAUCAACCAAGAAGCAUUUGGCUUGUUACGUGGCUUAUGGUGACAGGAAUACUGCCAAGAAAGUGGGUGAAUUCUUCUGACUCGUCUUCAUCAAAGGCUCUAAACCUAACAUGCUAAUCAUGGCAUAAAUCAACCAUCUCUGACAUGGGAAGCAGCAUAGAAUUGUGACCAGAGCUAUUACAGUGGACAAAUAAUUUGGAAUGAGGUGUGCAUACUGGUAAUUAAAUGGCAAUGCCUAGAAAAGAUGAUUGAAAGACUGUUGUGGCCCAGCAGGAGCCAUUGGAGCUGCCACCAGACUCCGACAGCGAGGGGCCC